GGAAAACAGGAGGGUUAAAAAGGGGUAACUGCGUGGCUGCGCGCGUGGGUGCGCACGUGGGUACCCGGAGGUCUCGCGGACGCGCGAGCGUGGAAUGUUCGCGUCCGGACCGUGUGGAGUACCCGCGCUGAGCUGAAGGGCUGGGAGAGAGGAGCGCGCGAGCGAGCGAGCGUCGACAUUUGGGGAGUGCAACGUCGUCAAUGGGAGGAGGAGGACUGAUCUGGAAUCGAUAUCGAUCAUUAUGUGGAUAAAACGGUGUAUAGCGCGCAGUUCCAUGGCUGCUCUGAAGCCCUCAGGUCUGCUGGGAUGCAGAAUGUGGAUCCUCUUCGCCCUAAUCCACCUGACUCUGGACCUGUCGCUGUGUGCUCCGGCGGGUCAAGGCCUGCCACUCAAACUGCUGCCUCGGUCGGCGCCUCGGCUCAGGCCCCGCCCCCUACCCACCAGGGACGCACCUAGCACCCAGCCCUGGAGGACUGUGGGCACCUGGCAGCGGGGCGUCCCGCCGCCUCCCGUCCCGUCGCCCGGGUACCGGGCCGGAGCAGGAUUAGGGGGGUUGGGGUCCAAACCGCGGGCGCAGAGGCGCAGGCGUCACCUGUGCAAGAGGUGCGGUUCGAAGCCCCGCCCCUCGGAGGGGGAGGAGUCUCUGGAGUUCCUGGAGGGGAGUAAAUCCAACAUCCUGCGGUACUUGUUGCGUUCACGGCGGCAGCUGGAAUGGGACAGCUACGAUCAGGAGGGGAGGACCACCACGGUGGCGGGAUAUAUCGAGUGGGGUCCGACGGGGACGGACGAGGGUCUGGAGGACGACGUUAAAGCGGUUCCCAACACCAUCACCACCACGAAAGCCUCCACCACCACCACCACAACCACUACUAUCUCCACCACCACACGCAGCCCCCAAAGGACUUACGCCGUGGUCACGACUCCACAUCCCCGGAGACUGAGCACCACGCAGCCUACCGUUAACCUCGGGGUCACUGCCAAGCCACAAAAGCCAUUCGGGGACACGCCAGGUCUGGCAGUGCAUCAGAUCAUCACUAUCACUGUUUCCCUCAUCAUGGUCAUCGCAGCCUUGAUAACAACACUAGUCCUUAAAAACUGCUGUGCACAGUCGGGGAAUGGCCGCCACACUAGCCACCAGAGGAAGAUCAACCAGCAGGAGGAGAGCUGCCAGAACCUGACCGAUUUCACGCCGGCACGAGUGCCCAGCAAGGUGGACAUCUUCACUGCCUACAACGACAGUUUACAGUGCUCGCACGAGUGUGUGCGCACCGCCGUGCCCGUCUACACCGACGAGAUGAUCCAGCACACGCCCAUUUACAAGACCACGUACAACGGGAACAGACCGUCGCCGACUGAAAGGCAGCUAAUCCCCGUGGCCUUUGUGUCUGAGAAAUGGUUCGAGAUCUCCUGCUGAGGGCCUUUUACUACCUGCGGGUCGCUGCAACUUCCUCAAUUUGGACCCCGGAACCCUUAUUGGAAAGUCUCAACAAGGACCCAUAAUACAAUACGAACAAAAACCUGAAAAAACCCGAACAAGUGAAGCGAAAUGAGGACCCAGGAGUGGAAUUGAACCGAGGCUUUUUUUUGUAAAUGCGGAGGAGGAGGAGGAGGUGGAGGAGGAGGACGGGUGAAGAUGUUUAUUUUUCUAAGCUGAUGGCAGGAGGGAGCAGUGCUACGGUCGCCAGUUCAGAUUAUUUUCCAUAUAGACUUCUUCUUCUGGUCAUUUAGAGAUGAUACGUAUACUUAGAGUUAAUAUAUUAUAUACAUAUAUUACCGUACGUGUGGACGUGUGCUGGGAGGACCGCCGCUGCAGACUACGGGAUUACUGGAGGAUUUAUUAUUAUUAUUAUUGUUAUUAUUAUUAUUAUUAUUAUUGUUAUUAUGGGCUCGCGGUUUACGGGCUGCUUUUCGGUGACGGGGGGGGUGAACAGAACUUCUAAGAACUAUGUGCCAAUAACGCCAAUAUGUGCCACUUUAUGUACAGACGGAUCGCGUGUCUGGGAGUGGAUGGGGGAACUUCCACAGACAUCACCAGAAGAGUCAUUUCUGUGACGGUACUCUAUAUCCACCCAUCCCUUUUUUUGUAUAGAAACGUACAAAUAUGUAUUUGAAAUAUGUUUUGAAAUAGUUCAACAACGAUGUGUUGCAGACGUCCAAAAAUAUUUAUAAGGAGCACUAUUUGAUUAGAAAAAAAUAUAUAAAAAUGAAGGACUGAAUAAAACCUCCUCGCCCAGCGUCUCAGAUCUACAGUAUAUCACAGUGUUAUAUUGAUAUUUAGGCCCAGUUUUAAACUGAAUAGUCUUAAACUCUAUUUUUCUACAAAGAGAAAAAUCACUCUCAGCUCUCACUCUACACCGCACCCAAACUUUCGGGACUGUUAACCCCCAUCUGAGAUUCUCACCUUCAGCCAGGAGACGCAUUCUCAAUAUAUAUAUAUAUAUAUAUAUAUACUGAAUUUUAUUCCUUUUUUUGUUAUUUUGUUUUGUUAUUUUUUUUAAGACCACCAGGGAAUUCAUUACUUUUAAAAAUUCCAAAAAAAAAAAAGUAAUUCCAAUGAAUUUUUAGAUCCUAAACCAUGCCACAUCCAGCUUAUUUUUGUUUUUUUUAAUUAAUGUAUUUAACAUUUUUUAUUUUUUAUUUUUUUCUGUUGGAUAUCUAAACUCAUCCGGAUCAAUGAUGUGGAUGAAGAUGAGGAGUUGAUUCAACGAUUCAGUGAGAAGGAUGUAUUUUGUUCUGUUUUGAAGACCACAGUCGCAUUAAAUCGCUUUUAUAUUAUUAUUUUUUUCCUGCUCAGUCGCAAAUUAAAAAGUUAUUUAUUCGCUGGGUGAGAAUUGACAUCUGUUGGAUUACUGCACUCAUCUGAAUCAAUGAUGUGGAUGAAGAUGAGGAGUUGAUUCAAUGAUUCAGUGUUUUAAUGAUUAAGUGAUUCAAUCAGGAGGAAACAUUUUCUUUUGUUUAUUUUUUUCUGUUUUAAAGACCACAAUCACGUUGAUUUAAAAAUGUAUAUUUAUUAUAUUAUUAUUUUAUUUUAUUUUUCUGCUCAGUCGCAAAUUCAGAAGUUGUCCCAAUGAAUGUUUAGAUCCUAAGCCAUGCCACAUCUAGCUUAUUUUUGAUAAUUUAAAAUGAAUUAAUUUAUUUAUUUUUGUUUUAUUUUAUGUGUCACUGGGUGACAAUUGACACCUGUUGGAUAUCUACGCUCAUCUGGAUCAAUGAUGUGGAUGAAGAGUCGAUUCAACAAUUCAUUGAUUCAGUGAUUCAGUCAGAAGGAAACACAUUUUUGUUCACAUUGAUUUAGAAAUAUAUAUUGGUAAUACUGUUAUUUUAUUAUAUUAUACUCUUUUCUGCUCUGUUGCGAAUUCAGAAGUCGUCCCAAUCAAUUUUUUAGAAUUAAUUUAUUUUCUUUUAUUUCAAUUUAUGACACCUGUUGGAUAUCUACACUCAUCUGGAUCAAUGAUGUGGCUGAGGAUUCGAUUCAGUGAUUCAGUGAUUCAGUGAUUCAAUGAUUCAGCCAGGAGGAAACACAUGUUUUUUUCUGUUAUAAAGACCACCAUCGUUGGACUGCCACACUCGAGCCGAUUCAGUGAUUCAGUUGUUUGUUUUGUUUAAGUUCACUAUUGCACUAUUGAUUCAUAAAAUCAAUUACAAUAACUACCAUUUUUUAACAGUUAAUUUUUUGUACUUAUUAUUAUUAUUAUUAUUAUUAUUAUUAUUUCCCGAAGCCAUGUCUCAUUUUAUCCUUCAUUAAUUUCAUCAAAUUAUAAAAUUUAAUUUCAUGAAAUUUUGUACUGAUUGAUCACAAUUCAGCCAGGAGGCAAAAUACUUUUAAAUGUUGAGAUUUUUUUUUGUUUGUUUGUUUUUUUAUUUAUAUAUUUUAUUUUAUUUUGGAUUUUGCUCAACUUUCCUUCAUUCUUUAAAAUGUAAAGAAGAUUCGCUGGUUAGGUUGAGUUGCAUUCAGUUAAAAGUCUUUAUUUAUGUUUAAUUUAAUAUUGAAUUUAUAUAUCUACAGUAUUUAUAUACAUUUAAUUAUUUUUUAUUCA